AUGUUGAGAGGCUGGGCGGAAACCGAGGCCUGCUGCCUUCCCGCCCUCGCUAAGAUGGAGGCGACGAGCCACCGGGGGUUUUAAGCGCCCCGUCCUCCCCACCCCGCCCCAUCCCCCGUAACUAGCCGGGAGUUGCUGGGCGUCGUGGAGCGGCCUUAGGGCUUGUAUUGAAGACGGACAGCUAUUUCACUGCCAAAAUGUCAUCUUCCACCUCUACACAAUAUCUAUCACCAGAGAGUGCCUGCAGAACAUCACCUCAACAAGUCAAACAGCUACGACCAAAACCGCUACUCCUGAAGAUUCUGCGAGCUGCAGGUGCUCAAGGUGAAACUUUCACACUAAAGGAGCUUGUACAUUACCUUGGGGAGUAUAUCUCAAAGAAGCAGCUAUAUGACAAAAAACAGCAGCACAUGGUGUAUUGUGGAGGAGACCAGCUGGGGGAUCUUCUAGGUUGUGAAAGCUUCUCUGUGAAUGACCCAAGACCAGUUUAUGAGAUGCUGAAACGGAAUGUGACUUCUGUUACUGUUACUGUUACAGAUGCUGCACAGAGACUUGCUCUCGCAAAGGAUCAAAGCACGAAUAAUCCAAGUCAAGAACAACUGAAGCAGAGUAGUACAGACAGAAAUUGCACUUAUGGGCGAAAAGAGAAUGAAGUUGACACACCUGCCUUGUCUGUCUCGAAUACGUUCAAGGAGGAUGAAGAUAACCUUUCAAAAGAACAACCCACACUGGAUUUGGUGCUUGAAGAGUGGGAUGUAGCUGGUCUUCCAUGGUGGUUUUUAGGGAAUCUGAGAAACAACUACAAGUCUAGAAGUAAUGGCUCAACUGAUAUACAUACGAAUCAGGAUGUAGACACCACCAUUGUUUCAGAUACCACUGAUGACUUGUGGUUCCUCAAUGAAGCUGCUUCAGAUCAGUUUGGUGUUACAAUCCCAGCUAAAACAAUUGACUGUGACCAUGCCAGUGAAGAAGGAAAAGAUGGCAGCAAAACUGUGAGUGAAGCUGAAUCAUCUGAUGACUUUGAAGAUUCACAGUCCUUAAACGAUGACACAGACAUAGAUCCUCCCUCCAAGGACUAUUGGCAGUGCACAAAAUGCAAGAAGUUUAACUCUCCCAUUAAACGGUACUGUUUCCGCUGCUGGGCCUUGCGGAAAGACUGGUUCUCUGACUGCCCCAUGUUAGCACAUUCUCUCUCCUCAUCCAACAUUGCCACAAUGCAAAGCAAAGAGGACACAGAAGGGAUAGAUGUCCCAGACUGCCGAAGGACAGUAUCUGCUCCACUUAUGCAGUCCAAAGACCUGUGCAGAUCAGAAAUCAAACCCAACCUACGUCCUGGAAGCUCUGUGGAUUCUCUGGAUCUUGCAGGCAAAGAGCCUUUGUUGCAGUUUGGUAAGCACAAAGAAAAAUGGUCCCUUGAGAGUAGCAAAGAAUUGCUGAAACCUUGCAUUUUGUGUCAGAAGAGGCCACGGAACGGGAAUAUUGUCCAUGGAAGGACAGCUCACCUGGUGGCUUGUUUCACUUGUGCAAAAAUGUUAAAAAAGGGCCAGUCACCUUGCCCAGUGUGUAAGAGACAGAUUCAGAUGGUGAUCAGGACCUUUAUAGCAUAGCAACGUCGCUUGUCAGGUGCUGCGGAGCAAGGAACAUCAUUCAGUGGACUAUAACUAAAGGAUAAAGAUUUAUAUUUAGAAGUAUAUUUAUAUAUAUUUUUUUACCAGAGAGGGGAAUGUGAACUCCAAAAAGAAAUACGUCAAACCCUGCUAGCAGCAAAACGUGGAAAACCCAUGAAAUUUCUUGACUACACAACCUGGAAAUUAGUAUGCAGUCAUCAGACUGACUGGCUAAGGGUUCUUUGUUGUAACUAUGUCAGCUGCCUAUGUAAAAGCCGUAAGAUGAGCAAUUCUUUGUGCAGAAUGGUGCUAGUUCUGAAGUGCAGAAAUCUUAUUGUGUGGCUAUGUAUUGAGCUGUGUUUUUCUCUUACUGUGCA